AUCAUCUUAUUGCAAAUAAUAUUAUGCCAGACCCUGGUUAUGAAAUUAAAGAAAAUAGGGUAACAGGCCAUGAAUUUGAAGCUGGAAGCAUUUUACUUUUUCCUCGUGGAAACAAUAAUCCAGACGUUGUUUUAAUUUAUCUGAAUUUUGCUGAUACAAAAGUGACUGGAUACGUUAACCUAAAAAACCAUGGUGCAACAAGUUAUUUAAACGUCGAGUUGCAAUUAUUAUAUAGCUUAAAAUAUUUUCGUAAGGCGAUAUAUCAAAUCCCAACGGAAUAUGAUGAACCAAAUAAAAGUAUUCCUUUGGCGAUGCAAAAGAUUUUUUAUAAAUUACAAGUAUCGAAUACAUACGUUGAAACAAAGGAAUUAAUAAAAUCAUUUGGGUGGAAUCCAUCAGAUUGUUAUACAUCGCAUGAUGUACAGGAGUUCGAUAGUGUACUCUUAGAUAAUUUAGAAGGUAAAUUGAAGAAUACAACUGUAGAUGGUGUUAUUUCUGAACUCUUUGUAGGAAAAAUUAAGAGCUAUGCUGUGUGUGUCAACAUAAAUUAUGAGAAUUCACUUAUUGAUAAUUAUUAUGAUAUUCAACUUGAAAUAAAAGGGUGCAAAACCUUAAAUGAUUCUUUCCUAAAAUAUAUUCGUGAAGAAUCUUGUGAAGGGAAUAAUCAAUACCAAACUGGAAUCUAUGGUUUGCAAGAUGCAAAGAAAGGAGUAAUUUUUGAAA